UGUUCCCAAGUUGUGCGCUCUUCGGAAAGUUGUGCAGGCAGACUUCAGGGAGGCAUCUCUGUCCCGUCUGGUGUCGGGCUCCUCUCAGGAAUGCAGCUUUCACUAAAAGCAGGACGAAGCUCCCGGGUUUUUUUUUUUUUUCUGCUUCCAUAUUUAGUUUAGAAACAAUGGUUCCGAGUUGGCUUUUUGUUGUUGUGGCCGCUGUGAGAGCAUGUUAAGCAGGCAGCUUGUCCAACAAGUCACUUCAAACUCCACGCCGUCGACCUUCGAGGAUUAUUUUUUUUUUAAAAGACUUUUGAGAGACUUCCCGGCGUCGUCUUCUUCAGCGCCGUCAUGGGCUGCAGCAAGCUGCUGAUGGGGGCGACGGGGGCGGCUGUCGUCAUCACGUUAAUUACCAUCUGCGCCGUUUACUACAGCAGGUCAGAGGGUCCAAAAAGGCUAUUCACCCUUGACGAUUACUUCAAUGACACCAUUAGGUGGAAAUCCUACAAUUUGUAUUGGAUAUCAGACAAGGAGUAUCUGCAUAAAACCAGAGAUGGAAAUGUCUUCCUCCACAAUGCUGAAACAAAUGAAGAGUCACUCUAUUUGAGCAAUUCAACCUUUGCUCAGGUGGAUGCCACAGAUUACAUGUUGUCAGGUGAUUAUAGGUACAUCGCUUUUGAAAGCAAUUUCACAAAGAAAUGGAGACAUUCUUUCACAGCCUCCUACUCCAUCUAUGACCGGGAGAAUUCAACAUUUGUUUUGCCUUCGACUCUUCCAACUGUUGUGCAGUACUUUGCCUUUGCCCCAAAAGGAAGCAAAUAUGCAUACGUCUCAGACUUUAAUGUAUUCUUCAAAUCCCAUGUUACUUCUGAAGCUAUACAAGUAACCCACAAUGGGAAAAAGAAUGAGAUCCUCAAUGGUAUCCCCGACUGGGUGUAUGAGGAGGAGGUAUUUGCGUCCAACGGGGCAAUUUGGUGGUCAACAACUGGAAAAUAUUUGGCUUUUGCAGAGUUUAAUGAUACAAACGUUCCCAAAGUUGAGUUUUCCUGGUAUGGAGCUGAGCAGUAUCCGGAGACAGUAGCUGUUCCAUACCCUAAGGCCGGAGCCCCCCUCACCAAGGUGCGACUGUUUGUCGUUGACACGGCGGAUCCGUCGCGCCGCGCACAGGUGUUCGCCCCCGCUUCUGUCGCUUCUGGCGAUCACAUGUUGUGCUCAGUGACCUGGGUCACAGACCAGCGCGUCGCUGUGCAGUGGGUCACGAGGAAACAGAAUUACGUGGUUGUGCAGGUCUACGAUUUCGAUGGAAGCGGCUGGCGAGAAAAACAGAAAUUUGAGCAAACAAGCAAGACAGGAUGGGUCGGCCAUUACGUCCCCUUACCUCUUUUCUUUGCUGAAGAUAAACUCAGUUUCUACAAGGUCAUGAGUGACACUCGGGGCUACAAACAUAUUCAUUUGGUGAAAGAUGGCAAAGUGACGCCUGUAACCUCCGGGAGGUGGGAAGUCAUCUAUAUUUCCAAGUUGACAAAAGAUGCCAUAUAUUUUGUGAGUAACGAGUACCAAGGAAUCGCUGGGAGGAGGAAUCUUUACAAGGUUAUUAUUGGAAGCGGCCCUUCUGCUACUCAGUGCCUCACCUGUGACCUGCGUCAGGACAGGUGUCAGUACAACUCUGCCUACUUCAGCUUCGACGCCUCUUACUACCGGAUGGACUGCUACGGACCCGGGUUGCCCCUCUACACACUCAUGGAUAACAGGGGCUCGGGUUCAGAGCUCUCUAUUCUUGAAGAAAACAAGGAGCUGGAAAAUAUUCUGUCAGAAUUCCAAAUGCCGACAAUGCAGUAUGGCACAUUAAAGAUAGCCGGACAUGAUCUUUGGUAUCAAAUGAUGUUACCGCCAAAUUUCAAGAAGUCUAAAAAGUAUCCUCUUCUGAUUCAUGUGUACGGAGGCCCCUGCAGCCAGGAGGUGAACUAUCAUUUUAAGCUGAACUGGGGGACGUUCCUCUCCAGUUCAAACGGGAUCAUCAUCGCCAGCUUCGAUGGACGGGGAAGCGGUUACCAAGGUGACGAAAUAAUGCAUGCAAUCUACAGACGCCUUGGGACGUUCGAAGUGGAGGACCAGAUAACAGCUGCCAGGAAAUUCAUUGACAUGGGUUUCAUCGACAAAGACAGAAUAGCAAUAUGGGGCUGGUCAUAUGGCGGCUACGUCACCUCGAUGGCCUUGGGAGCCGGAACCGGUCUCUUCAAAUGCGGAAUAGCAGUUGCCCCGGUGGCCAAGUGGGAAUAUUACGAUGCAGUGUACACUGAACGUUACAUGGGCAAUCCAAAGGAGAAUUCAGACUUUUACAAGAAUUCCACAGUGACGGGCCGAGCAAGGAACUUCAAAACAGUGGACUACCUAUUGGUUCACGGCACAGCAGAUGACAAUGUCCAUUUCCAGCAGGCGGCACAGAUCUCCAAAGCUCUGGUCAACGUGCAAGUGGACUUUGAGGCGAUGUGGUACACAGACAAGGACCACGCUCUCACAGGAUCGGCCUCGUAUCAUACAUACACACUGAUGAGCCACUUCCUGCAGAAAUGCCUCAUUCAUCCCAAAUAAAUGUGAAGAAAGCGACGCCAUCUUUUUUCUAAUUUGUCUAUUUUAAUAUAAGUGUCAAGUUGUAGUUUACAGUUGUUUUUGUGGUUUUAUGUUCAAUUGAUGUUGAAUUCUUGUAUAAAUGAGUAUUUGUAUUUUAAGUGGAUCUAGUCAAUCCUUAGUCAAAAUGUGUGAUGUUCAAAAAAUACUAAAAACCAUUGCAUGCAUUUAUGUUUGAAAAGGUUCUUUCAUGACAGCAUUUUAUCGAUACAUUUUACGGCACUGAUUUGUUUGAGUGUUACGUGUGUAGCAGUCAUGUUUUAUUGAAUAAAUAUUGUU